CGUAACUUCCCAAGUUGAGUAACGCACUACCUUAUUAAACCCGUAAACAUUGCCUACAGUUAUCAUACCGUGGAAAAAAAAAUUACGAGGAAAGUGAACGCGUGUAUGCCUUAUCCUUUUACAGCAGAUCUUCAAUCCUUCCCUCGAAUUUUAUCCAAUCUUUUCCCAUCUUCGGCGAGGUCCCUUUGGUAGUCGUUACGAUUCAGCACCCCCAUGACUCCGGCGCCAGUCGACGAAACCAAUGGCAACGGGCGCAGGCAGAUGGGAAUAACCGUGUUUUCAGGAGGCACCGCGGCCAACAGCUUGGUGGACGUGUUCAACAGAAUUGUAGAAAAGAGACGAUGCCAGCUAAAUUACGUCAUUCCUAUCAGCGACAAUGGCGGUAGUUCGUCGGAGCUGAUCAGAUUUGUCGGAGGGCCAAGUGAGUCCCGAUUGGCGAGGGAUAUGAUGUUGGCGAGAAGCAGAGAUGACUGACGCGUGCUGGUUCCGGCCCUGGCUUUGGCUCUCUACAGGCGUUGGUGACAUCCGGAGCCGACUGGUCCGGCUCAUUCCGAAUCUCGAGGGCGACAAGGAGAUGGCGGCGCUCAAGCUGCUGUUUGAGCACCGGCUGGAUGUCGACCCCCUAAGGGCUAGGUCCGAGUGGCUCGACAUUGUCGAGUCGCGCUCUCUGCUCUGGGGCUUCAUCUCGAGCCCGAAGCAAGAGCUCAUCCGCGCCGUCCUGAACACGCUCAACGUGGAGAUUGUCAAGAGAGCCCGCCCGCCCAACGUCUUCAACUUUGCCCGCGCCAGCGUUGGUAACAUGUUUCUCGCCGGGUAUGUCGCGAUUUGGCUCACAAUAUCACCCUCUCCUUGUUCUCUCGACCACCCACCUAUCUAUCUGCUCGCCUACCUGCCUGCCUACCUGUCUGCCUGCCUGCUGUCUUAUGGAGGCUAACUCGUCUUACCUAAACCCCUCUUU